AUUGGAUCCUCUCUUCUGGGUCAGUUUUUCCCCUUCCUCUUGGAACCAUGUCUGAGCGGGGCCCCUACUUCGAAGAGUCAUCUUCCGAUGAGAAAGAAAAACUAUCUUUCUUCUCGUAAGCGACCGUUCUUCGAAGACAAAGAUUCCGAUUACAAUGACAGACCAUCAGCCCCAAAGAGGGCCAGAUUUCCAAAGGUUAAGAAGGUAAAACCGGAGGAGGAAGAGUCUAAUAUAGCCCAGCCUUUUCUUGCUCUCUUUGCUUUCCUUUCUCCCUCUCUCUGGGUUCUCUUGGAGAACUCGCGGCUUCUCCUUAGAGAACCCAGAUUUGGGUUCUCCAGGAGAACUAUCUGGGUUCUCUCGGAGAACCAUCUAGGAAGGAGAAAGGAAAGGAGAGAGAAAGAAAAGUCCGGGCUGGUUACUGUUGGAAUUAACGGAAGAAACAGAGAGGAGUGGGUGUGUAACGGAGUGUGUGUACAGAGAGUAAGGGUGUAUCAUUUUCCUUUUGUUGAAGAUGGUGUUCAGAUAGAGCCUUUCAAUCUCAAGGAAGAAAGGCAAAUAAGUUAUUUUGAUAGAAGAGGAAACUUUGUCCAAUGUUUCGAUGAUAAAUUCAACGAUCCAUGGCUUGAUGGUCUCGAAUUCACCAAGCCAAAGCUUGCAGGGAAAAAUGUACCAACACGCACCACACACACACCCACAGUAACAAGAAUUAACAAUGAAGAUGCUGAAGGCAACAUUGGAACAAUAAAGAGGCGAAUUGCGAAUGUGCUCGAGCCUGGAGAAACUGUGUUACAAGCUUUGAGAGGGUUGAAGGGAACUUCAAAAAACAGGAAGGAGAAAAUUGCAGCUGAGACUAAUAAAGUGUUUGAUCAGCUAACUGAUGAUGAAGGUGAUUACUGUGUGUAUCAUGAGAGGCAGGAGGGCUACAAGCAAUGUAGGAGUUCCUAUGAUAGUGCUUAUGACAAGUCUUCGGGCUACAAAGAGAGUAGCAGUUUGGGGUAUGUUAUAAGCCAUCUACAGGACUUUAUUUCUCAGCAGCAUCGGAGCAAUGGUAUUGCUAUAAUGAGAAGACUGGCACAUUCAAGAAUAUUUAUUAGGUUGCAUCAAGCAGGAGCAGGAUCCCACGAUUUCUUGACUUUGUGAAGCUCCCAGGUUAAAGUUGCCAUGGUGGGUAGGUCACACAUACUAUUUCUCUAUUACCAGUUUAGUUCACUCUUAAUAUUUUUCUCUUUGGUUGAAGUGCCUGCUGAUUGUUCUUGCUGCUCUCCGAUUUCGUUGUGAUAUCAAGACUCUGUUUCUAUAGGAGGCAAGAAGAAAUUGAAGAUUGGACU